UAUCAUAUUAAAUAUUCAAAGCAACCGUGAUCAUAACAAAACUGGCAGUGUCAACUAUUUCAAUGCACAGAAAAACUCACUUCAGAACAAAUGAUCUGAAAUGAUCCAUUUCAAAUGACAACUGCAUGCAAAAAUCAAUGCAUAAUUCUUAUUUUCAUCCUAGAACAAUAGUUUUAAAUAGAUUAAACAGGAUAUUUUCAAAAAAAUUAGUUGCAAAACUUCAAUCACCAAAGCCAAGAAAACACCAUAAAUCACAUGGUGUGUGAUUUACAUUCAUACAAAUAGACAUUAAGUCUACGUAAAGUCUGUAAAAUUGCUAAAUAGACUUUGUAUUCUUAAUUUUGAAUUUUUUUUCACAUAAAUUCACAGUAAUUUUCAUCAUCUUCUAAAGCUAGGCAGUUAAUGGAUGUGAAUGCUCUGAUCGUUAGUAUAUCAGCAAAAUCAUGUGCACACAUGCUUACAUACACUGUCACGUUCAAUUAAACAGUCUGUUUAAAGCACAACACAAUGAACAGGACAUUAAAUGGAGUGGCUGUCAGCUCAUGACCUUGACAGGUCACAGGUUCUAAUGCACAUCAGAAAACAGGCCUUUAUUUAUGUCAAGAUGUAGAAAAAUAUAAACAAUGCACUGAAUAUGCAUUAGUACAAAAAUUACUUUAACGGUGUAUGUUUUUCUGAUGCACAUCUUUAAACCUAACACAUGGACAUUGCAUAAGAGAUAUAUCUCUUUUAUAUCUUUAAGAAAAAAAAUAUAUAUAUUUUUUCACUCUUAGUGCUUGGUUCAAAAUAAUUUAGUCUCAGAUUAAAUAAACACCAACUUGGCAUGCGAGUUGAUUUUGACAGCUGUCAAUCAUAUCAUUCGACACGUUACAGAAAAUACAAAAGCAAACAUCAUCGUGCAAACGUUCAAAAGGUGUCAUGAAGCGAUUUCUCCAAUCCUUUCGUUGAUGCAUCACAAACAACCUGUAUAUUCCCCAUAAACUCAAACUAUUUCCAACUACAACUGAGUGGCGUUGUUGCGCCGGCAAGAGAGGGAGAUGAGAGGGAGAGAGAGGCAGGAAAAAAGCUGAAAAAUGCGGACAAACAUACUGGGAAGAAGCGGCUGUGUUCGAGGGGCACAUCGUGAUGUAAAAGCCCCUCUCGUGCACUGAUUCCUGCCUUCGUUUCCCCCGCGAGGACAGCCGCCGGAUCGCACGAGCGUCCCCGGGUUUCCUCUCACUUUAUUGGCAUGCCUUUGGAUCUCAGCGUCGGCUGGUCUCGCUCCCGUCUGAACGCGUCUUAACGCACGGAGACACGGGCACGAGCGCUCCGGUAUCACCGAUGGCGUUGCUUCAAUGCUCCCGGUUCCGCUGUCAGCUGCUCGCCGCGUGAAAUCCGGAGGAAAAAAGUGUGAUUAAUAAUUGCAGGAAGAUGGCGCCCACCAAGCCCAGCAUUCAGCAAGACCCUUCCAGAAGAGAACGAAUCUGGCGCAGUUUCUUCCUGCUGUCCGCAGACCCAUGUGAUCCGGAGCGGAGGGGAAGCUGUCAGCAUGUCUGAUGCCUGUCAGAGACAGAGGCCGAGCGAUGGAUGCUCUCCUCUCAUCCAUCUGGCCUGCUCGAGCCAUACUGGGAGAGGUCUGCUAAUGCAAGCUCCUGCUCCGCCACUAGGCCCAAGACACUCCACCUUGGAGGGCAACAACAUACCUCAUCACCAUGGUUGCAGGCUCUAAGGAAGGAGAAGUCACGUGACGCCGCUCGCUCGCGCCGGGGGAAGGAAAACUUUGAGUUCUAUGAGCUGGCAAAGAUGCUUCCACUCCCCGGCGCCAUCACCAGCCAGCUGGACAAGGCCUCCAUCAUCCGCCUCACCAUUAGCUACCUUAAGAUGAGGGACUUCGCCAACCAGGGAGACCCGCCGUGGAACCUGCGCAUCGAAGGACCGCCGCCCAACACCUCAGUCAAAGCUAUCGGGUCCCAGCGGAGGCGGAGCCCCAGCGUUGUUGCCUCGGAGAUCUUUGAGCCUCACCUUGGCAGCCACAUCCUGCAGUCCCUGGAUGGAUUUGUAUUUGCACUAAACAAGGAGGGGAGGUUUUUGUACAUCUCAGAGACGGUGUCCAUAUACCUGGGGCUUUCACAGGUAGAGCUGACGGGCAGCAGUGUGUUUGAUUACGUUCACCCGGGUGAUCACGUGGAGAUGGCCGAGCAGCUGGGCAUGAAGCUUCCGCCGGGCAGAGGGCUGCUGUCUCAGGGCGGCGGGGCCGAGGACGGGGCCAGCUCUGCCUCUUCUUCCUCUCACUCUGAGACACCUGAGCCAGUGGAGUCGAACAGCCCUAGUCUUCUGUCGCCGGAUAACACUCUAGAACGUUCCUUCUUCGUCCGUAUGAAAUCCACGCUCACCAAGAGAGGCGUCCACAUCAAGUCCUCUGGAUACAAGGUUAUCCACAUUACCGGCAGGCUGCGGAUAAGAAUGGCAUUAACACACAGUCGUUCGGUACCCAAUCAAAUCAUGGGCAUGGUUGUGGUGGCACACGCACUUCCUCCACCAACCAUCAAUGAGGUUCGGAUCGACUGCCAGAUGUUUGUUACACGGGUCAACAUGGACCUCAACAUCGUCUACUGUGAAAACAGAAUCAGCGACUACAUGGACCUGACACCUGUCGACAUCGUAGGGAAGAGAUGUUAUCACUUCAUUCACGCAGAGGACGUGGAAGGCAUUCGGCAAAGCCAUUUAGACCUGAUGAAUAAAGGUCAGUGUGUGACAAAGUAUUACCGCUGGAUUCAGAAAAAUGGAGGUUAUAUCUGGAUCCAGUCCAGUGCCACUAUUGCAAUCAACGCCAAGAACGCCAACGAGAAAAACAUCAUUUGGGUCAACUAUGUACUCAGUAAUCCGGAGUACAAAGACACACCCAUGGAUAUCGCACAGCUGCCUAACCUGCCAGAGAAAGCAUCAGAGUCCUCAGAAACAUCCGAUUCUGAAUCCGACUCCAAGGAGAACUCUGAAGACAACGAAAACUCCAAGUCAGAUGGGAAGGGCAAUCAGUCUUCCGAGAACAGUGAAGAUCCAGAGUCAGACAGUAAGAAACAGACGGGCCGGCCACCAGAGCAAGAGAUGAGACGACAGGAGGAAGGAGACAGUUCCAGCAAUCCAGAAAGUCAGGACAGUGAUGAUAGUCUGGAACCUUCUGACUGUGAAACAGACCACAAGGAGGGCCGCCUGGGUGGCUUACACAUAAAGGUGGAGCGCUACGGUGAUGGUGAAGUGGAGGAACUGCAGGACUCGCCCUCCUCUUGCUCCUCAGAAGAAGAAGAGGAUGAGGUGGAAGAUAUUAUAAAGGACUGCAACAGUGGAGGAGAGCUGAGCGGGCCAGCAAUGAGUAAACACCAGAAGAGAAAGAAGAGGAGAAAAAAGCAGAAAUGGGAUGGUAGUCGGCAACGUCUCCGUCUGUCUCCCUCAGCCGCUGCUACCCCCAGCCCUGGCAGCCUGGACCCCACUCUUGGAGACCAGCCUCCCCUCCUGCUUCCACCCUCCCCAACCAGUUCCUCUGUGCUGAAGAUCAAGACUGAGAUGUCAGAACCUAUAAACUUCGACAACGACAGCAGCAUCUGGAACUACCCACCCAACCGAGAGAUCUCCCGCAACGAGUCCCCCUACAGUAUGACAAAACCCCACGACACCUUCCCUUCUCCCCCGCCUGCCGGCCUGCAGGUGUCCAUCCCGGACUCCGUCCUCACUCCACCUGGUGCCGAGGGUGGAGGAGGCAGCAGAAAGCCCAACUUCAAUGGCAACAGUAGCAGCGGCAACAAUAACAGUGCCCCCACCUCUGUGUCCAGCGCAACUCCGGGCAGCUUGGUUCCUCCUUCCAGUUCCACCACCGCUGACCCGCUCUCCCCACCUCUCUCAGCCUCGCCACGGGACAAGCAGCAGGGUACACCCACCUCCUCCGGUUCCCUGCUCUACACCAGUGACCUGGAAGCCCUGCAGAGGUUACAAGCAGGGAACGUGGUACUUCCAUUGGUGCAUAGAGUCACAGGCACGCUUGCUGCCACGAGCACGGCUUCCCCGCGAGUCUACACCACUGGAACGAUCCGAUAUGCCCCGGCAGAUGUCAGCCUGGCCAUGCAGGGCAACCUCCUGCCUAAUGCCCACACCGCUGUGAACUUUGUGGAUGGGCCCGGCUUUGGCAUAGACCCCAAGACGCCCAUGGAGAUGCUGUACCAUCACGUGCACCGGCUCAACAUGUCCACCCCCUUUGGGGGUGCGGUCAGCGGAGCCAGCCUCACGCAGAUGCCAGCUGCUAAUGUCUUCACCACAGCAGAGGGACUUUUCUCCACGCUUCCGUUUCCCGUCUACAGCAAUGGCAUCCACAACACACAGACUCUGGAGCGCAAGGAGGAUUGAAGCAAAACAUCGAGACCAUAUUACUGUGUUCAACUGUGUUAAAAAAAAAAAACUCUUCUGAGGCAAAAGACUGUGUAUCAAAGUUGGGGAAAAGUGAGAUGUUCUAGCACUUUGAAUUUUGAGCAAUUGAGCUUGUGUAACUGAAAUGAAUGGUUUCUCUUCCUGUGUCUUUC